AUGUUCGACCCCCGUCGCCGACGAAGUCAAGCUGCGAGUCUACCUAUGCGCGAUUCGCCCCAUCAUGAUGUAUGGAUCGGAGACUUGGGCAGCACCAUCUACGAGAUUGAUGUGGUAUACCGGCGGAUGACAUGUGAAAGAUAUCAACAUCUUGCACCGCCAUCGAAAGUGGCGGAGACCGGCAGAUCGCCUUGUCCAACGAGUUCUGAGGAGUUCGUCGGGUUCGAGCUGGAAGAAGCCACCUGGCCGAAAACGGAAGUUGUGGACUGA